CCCGCAGUGUCAGAGAAUGAAUGUGCACGGCUAGCCGGCUGGUGGCUUCGGCAAUGUUGUCGCUCUCAGGAUGAUAUCGCAGAGGGACAGGGGAGAACUUGCUCGAUUUUAUACGGUCACGGAUCCCAAAAAGCACCAGAAAGGUUACACGGUGUACAAGGUCACCGCAAGGAUAAUCUCCAGGAAGAAUCCAGAGGAUGUGCAAGAGAUAACAGUAUGGAAGAGAUACAGUGAUUUCCGGAAGCUCCAUCACAAUCUCUGGCAGCUGCACAAGAAUGUAUGUAGCCAGUCUGAGCUGUUUCCUCCCUUUGCCAAGGCCAAAGUCUUUGGUCGCUUUGAUGACUCUGUGAUUGAGGAAAGAAGACAGUGCUCCGAGGAUCUGCUACAGUUCUCUGCUAAUAUCCCCGCUCUUUACAAUAGUCAGCACAUCCAGGAUUUCUUUAAGGGAGGUGAAGUCCACGACGGCUCGGAGCUCAUUGGACCUCCUGAGCCCUUUUCUGACUUCCUGGCUGACAGUCUAUCAGACUGUAGCUCUGAUGUUCAAAAAGACCUCAGCAGUGCGGAUGAUUUGACGAUCACGUCUGAGUAUGGAGGCCCGUCAAGUGACAGCGACCUGACGUCCUUUGCGGUGGACACAGACUCUCUAGCCGAGUUGGAUGAUGGCAUGGCCUCAGGUCGCACCUCCCCAAACCAGCCACAAGGGGGAGCCACCAACAUUAGCAGCAGCUGCAGCCCUCGCUUGCCUUCCUUGCAUGAACGCCGCACCCCGUCUCCUGCCCCUGUCCCCGCUUCCUCAGCUCCUAACCCCGAGGUCAGCUGGCCAGGCCGAGCGCCGCUCUUCUCCGGCGGUCUGAAGAAAGCCGGCGGUGGCAACCCCAAGGACGUGAAGUCAGACUACCUGGAAAAGGCCAGCGAGCUCAUCUGCUUCGCGGUGCAGAAGGAAAAAGAGCAGGACUACCAGGCAGCUUUUUUGUACUACCGCAGCGGAGUCGACUUGCUGCUGCAAGGAGUGCAAGGUGAACCUAGCGCCACUCGGCGAGAGGCAGUGAAGAAGAAGACUGCUGAGUAUCUGAUGCGCGCGGAGCAAAUAUCCAGUCAGCAUCUGAGAAGCAACAUGGGUCAAGGUUCAACGCAGACAGUGGUCUUUGGAGCUCAGUGCUGCUCUUCCAGUAGCAGAGGAGGGCAGCAGAGUCCGUCUGAAGAACUGGUAGCUUACAGGGUGUUAGGGGUCAUUGAUAAGGUUCUUCUGGUCAUGGACAAAAGAACCCAAGAGACGUUCAUCCUGAAAGGUCUAAGGAAAAGCAGCGACUGUGGGCGGGCCAAGAGGACCAUCAUGCCUCACUCCGUGCCCCACAUGGUGCAGCUGAGGAAGUUCAUCGUCUCCGAAGACACCGUUUUCCUCCUGCUGCAGUACGCCGAAGGUGGGAAGCUCUGGUCUCACGUUGGAAAGUACCUGCGUAAUUCCAGCCCGGACGAGAGCUUUGACAUCCCCUUCAUCCAGAAGAGUCACACAGCAGCGGUGCACUCUCCACAGCAUAUUGUUGCACAGCUGGAUGUCGAUUCGGCCAGUUGUGAUUCGGGGCCUGUCGCUGACUCAGAUUCCGUCUCUGAGCAAAACAAACAAGGAGAGAAGCGGUUUGUGUCUCCUCUUAAGAGUAUUUUCCCUCGAAGCCUCAAAGAUCAAAUCGGCGCUCAGUCGGACUCUGGCGCUACAUCCGAAGAAGAGUGCACCAACAGUUAUUUGACGCUUUGCAAUGAGUACGAACAAGAUAAAGUCGAGCCAGAUGCACUAGAGGAGGAGGAGGAGGAGAGGAGCGAACAGGAGAUGCUCUCGCUGGAGGUGCCCAACGCAACGACCACCACCACCACCUCCUCACGCAGCCGCUCGCUGCUUAGCAACGACAGCCUCUCCUCGCCCAUCAGCUCUCAGGAACUCGGCUUCUUCAGUGAGCUGUCGGACAAGAGUGGCCUCGCAAACGAUAACGAACAGUGCCGCGGCGAGGGGCAGGACCAGGGCGAAGUCUUCAGUCCCCUGCGUUCCCCUUCUGUGCCUCUGUCUUUGGAUGAGUCCAAGCACACGCCGAUGGAGUUCUUUCGCAUUGACAGCAAAGACAGCGCGAGCGAGGUGGCCUGCCUUGACUUAGGAGAGCAGCGACCCGCUCAUAAGCAAGCCCCUGUGUUUUCUACGUCCGACCUGGGUUCGGACGUCACUGAGGAUCUUCCAGAGCUGGCUCAGGAGGUCAAAGGCCCCGGCUUGGAGCUCUGGGGCUUGGACUACAGUGACAAAGGCUCCAACGAGUCGGUGCCAGUCAUCUCAUUUAAAGAAGCGGUAGUCGAGGACGAGGGUCACCCACCGGACCUCUUAGUCAACCUCCCCGUAAUGACUGCAACUGUAGACUCUUUACAGGAGGAAUUGGAUACUUCAGGAGUAUGUCUGGGCCUCGAGGUCACAGCCUCUCCUCAGAAAGUCGUGCAGCCGGAUGUUUUACAGCUUCCCAGCCAGCCUGAGGACGGGGAGGAGCAGCCACCGGAGCAGGAGCUUUCGUCUUUAUGUACGGCCUCUGCAGCUUGUGACACCAGUGGUGCAUCUUCUUCCCCUUUCAACUCGCUAUGGGACGACUUCAGCCUGACAUUUGGACAAGAGGCCUCUGACAAGCUGUUUGUUCGUCCAGAAUGCCAAAAUAAUGACGUCCCCAUUGACACAGGCGUCACGGAUACUGACUCCCAUAGUGAGAAACUAGAGCCCUCAGCUCGCGUAAUCACAGGCCCCAGUGGCGGCAGCACAGGUUCUGUCCUGGCCACAAACGGGACUGAGGCCUCUGCGCAAGUGGAGAGUUUAUUAGGUCUUGAUGGCGAAUCAUCAAGAGUUGUUAGUAAUGCAGGUGGCAGCGAAUUUGAUAAAGAAGUAUCGCGGCUGUUUGCCGAGCUGGACGAGCUGUCGUUGGCUGCGUCCCAAGCUCGCAUCCCAGAGGAGUUUGUGCGGUGCUGGGCGGUGGAGAUGGUGAUGGCCCUGGACUCCCUGCACCAAGAAGGCAUCAUCUGUCGGGACCUGAAUCCCAAUAACAUCCUGCUUGACCAGAAAGGCCAUGUUCAGCUUACCUACUUUUGCAGCUGGUGUGAUGUAGAGGAGUCCUGUGACAAAGAGGCCAUUGCCAAUAUGUACUGUGCACCAGAGGUGGGGGGUAUCGGCGAGGAGACGGCGUCGUGUGAUUGGUGGAGUUUGGGCGCCAUCCUGUUCGAGCUCCUGACAAGCACGUCUCUGCUGCGCUGCCAUCCAGCAGGAAUCGGCCGCCACACGGCUCUCAACGUCCCCGAGUCCGUUUCGGAGGAGGCCAGGUCUCUGCUGGAGCAGUUGCUCCAGUACAACCCAACGGAGAGACUGGGGGCAGGCGUCGGAGGGGCGGAUGACAUCAAAUCCCACCCCUUCUUUGCCACAGUGGACUGGCCCAAAUAGAUGCUGUGGAGCUGUGGAAACCAGAGUCACAGGAUGCUGGGAACGAGGCUCCUCCUGUAUGAACUCCCCCUCUGACUGGAAACGCAAAUAGAUUUACAGUAAAUCAGACUGUGCAUUUCUAUACAUGAAAUCUCCCAUUUUAUAUAUUCAGCCCCCGUGUAUUUUUUUUUUUUUUGUGGUUGUUGUUUUUUUUAAAGAAGUUUUUGCCAACUAUCAAAAUAACCUUCUUUGUGCAGUGCUCAUUUCUCAUUUAUUCGAUGCAGGGAACACUUCACACAUGUGUGGUGCAAUAAUUUAUACAGUAAGUGUGUGUCCUGAGCGAUGAUCCACUACACAGUUGUGCGUUAGUUUUAGGUCAAAAUGCGCGUAAGAAGUGUCCUCAUGUUUUCACUGCACUACUUAAGUACUGUAAGUUAUCUAUACAAACCGACGAUGACUUCUCGAGUUACCAUGUGCAAUAGGCUCAGUUUUUUUUCAUCUAGGAGACUUGCAUCAUUCCUCACAGAGCCCACUGAGAUUAGCUGACAUGACCUGAGUAGGUGACAGGUUUUUACUUAGAUGCUCCAUACGAUGUGUAAUGUCCCAUAUUUGUCAAAACUACUUUUUUUUAUGGUUUUUAUGAACGUAGACGGACACUAUGCAAGGUGAAUGAACAAAAUCUUUAUAGAUAGAAGAUGGGUGUUGUUGAGUGAAGUAUUUACUUACAAGAUUAAAUUAUUUAAUAGAUAAUAGAUGUAUAAAAAAAAAACACGAUCAAACCUUCUUCCUGUGUGGACAGACUAAAGAAGGCUGAGGCAUUAACGACACAUUUAAAAACCAGCCCUUUGACUGAAGUUGUUGUUUUUUUUUUAAUCGACGUCUGCACAGUACGACUCUGCAUUUUGUGCAUGUAGGAUUCAUGCACUAUAUUUAUUACUGACAAGUGUGUCGAACAAUAAAUCAUGCGUGUCUUGUAAAUAUACCUUUUUAAGGAUGCCGUGCGGAGCGAAAGGUACAACCAGGUGUCAAAAGACUGGAUUAUCAAUCACGUACUACCAUUUCUUUAUUUUUUUAAUCUCAUGUGUUUUCUGUUUGAGCAACACGUCCACCCACUAACUUGCCACCCAAACCUUGAAGGUGAUUUUGUAAUGUCUGUGACUUUUACAUUUUUAUGGAUACAUUACACGACAUAUAUCAAUUCCUGUAUAAUCACGAGGCUUUUGAGAGCUGUUGUCUAAUCAAUACUCGGAUAAUCACUCAAUGUAGAUGCUGUUUUUUCUCCUCUGCAUUGCGGUAGUAUACAUAUUAACUCAACAAUACUACAAAUUACCUGCUUCAUAUUCCACAUAUUAUCAUACAAAUACAUUUCUGCAAUAUUGCACUGCUUUUUUUUUAUUGUCAUCAUUUCUAUUCACGCUCACUCGCUCGUGCUCUCUUGUCUUGACAGUGCACCCUGAAAAUCAAUAAAUAUACCUGGAUGAGUA